AUGUUUACCAAACUCCAUUCUAUACGAUCUUCUAUUCACUUCCCCUCCGUAUUGAAACAGCGACCUUCUUCUUUUACUUCAAACAAUGUUGAUUCUGAUCAUACCAUCUCUUCAACUUAUUCCCACAAUUCUUUAUCUGUUGACAAUAUAUCACGUCAACAAGGUCAAUAUACAUUACAACAACGACAACAGCAACAACAACAACGACAAUAUGGGCAAACUUGUUCACAACAAGGUGUUCAACGCCAUCGAACAGUCAGUACACCGACCACAAGUUUUACAGAAACAUUGAAGGUGAUAUCGAAACAAGUGCAACAGGAUCAAUUCGAGGAUGUUUUUGGUAGCUUUUUCUUUACUGACAAACGAUGUCAACUUCGUGCAAUGUAUAUGGCAGCUCGACUACAACAGAACAUUGGUUCGUACUUGGUACCUUAUUUUCAGCAUCAAUGUUUGUCAGCAGCAGCAGCAAUAGCAACAACGGAUGGUGGUAAUAUGGAUGUUAGUCAUUCAUUCUGGCUUUUGGUAAUUGAUCGAUUCUAUACACUCAACAAUCUUUUAUUUGUGGUUCCUUCAAGUGAUCCGUAUAGACAACAUUAUCUCUCUACACUAGAACAACAUUUGGAUAGAAUGAAGCAUGAUAUCGGAUUGAACAGUCAAAGUGGCAGCUUAGAGGUAUACUUUGUACUUUACUAUGCGAUCAAGAAAUAUUUUCCAAGGAUGAUGGAUGAAUAUUCUUCCCCUCUGGCGGCAAUACUGGAAAAAGCACGAAAGAUUUUGGCCCAUUGUUUGGAAAGUGAAAGCAAGCUUGGACCUUCUGAACGUGAUGCGAUGUAUAUCUUCCAUGGAUUACGGGCUGGUUUCCAUGGUAAUAUUGAACCAAAGGUGAACAUGGAUGAUGACGAUGAUGAUAUGCUAUUGACCCAUCUGAAUGAUGCUGUACGUGGGAAUAAGAACUUGACGAGGCAACCUUAUGUGAAUCCUUUUGAAGAUGAUGCCUGUAUUGUGGACUCGGAUGAUGAUUAUGAUGAUCACAAUCAACGCAACAAAUCUCGACAAGUGGAUAGCGGUUUUUAUGAAGGACAAUAA